AUCUCUCUCUGGCCCUCCCGCUGCAGCCAUGGCCGCCUCCUCCGCGCGGCUCACUGUCCUGGCCAUGACCGCGCUGGCGCUACUCCUGCUGCUGUGCCUGGGCCCAGGUGGCGUAAGUGGGAAUAAACUCAAGCUGAUGCUUCAAAAGCAGGAAGCAGCUGCUUCACCUAAGACGAAAGUGGCGGUGGACGAGAACAAGGCCAAAGAAUUCUUAAACAGCCUGAAGCGCCAGAAACGGCAGCUGUGGGACCGGACUCGGCCAGAGGUUCAGCAGUGGUACCAGCAGUUCCUCUAUAUGGGUUUCGAUGAAGCGAAAUUUGAAGAUGACGUCACCUACUGGCUAAACAGAGGUCGGAAUGGGGACGACUACUAUGAUUCUUACCAGCGUCACUAUGACGAGGACUCUGCGAUGAGCCCCUACGACUCCAGGCACGGACCCAUCGGCAACUACCAUGACUACUAA